UUGUAUGCGCCGGUUUCGUAUGAGAUUUGGCUGCACGAGCAUGCUGGCUGUCUUUGUUUAUUUUGCUUGUAGUUUUAUAGCGAUGAAUGUUUCAGAAAGUAAUACUACUUCAAAUCCUCAUUUUUGUUGAAGAUAAUAAGAAGACAGCCCCCGUCACCGGGGCAGCGGCACCAGCAGCUAAGCCGGCAUGGAGUACAACAUGUCGUGGUUCGCGCCGGCCGGCGCGGCCCCCUACCUACUAGCCACCGAUCUCAACGACGUGAUGCUCAACAAUGUCCUGGAGGCUCCGAUGCUGAGCGACACCCCCCGCUCGGUGUCUCUGAUGGCCGGAGGAGGGGGCGGCGGCGGCGGGGCCGGCGCAGGAGGCGGUGGAGGAGACCAGACGGCCGGACACGAUAUGGCCGCCACCGUGCCGCAGGAGUUUGUCGAGUGGGGCUACUCGGAGUACAGCGGGUACGACGUGGAGCUGAAGCCAGACGACAUGGAACUGGAUACCGAGGAGGACAUUAUGGGCGGCGGCGGAGACGGCAAACGGAAAACGUCGCACAACGCCAAAAAGCCCAAGGUGCACCUGGACCCCAAGCUGAAACUGAAGGGACCCAUCACCUACGAGAAAGACGUCGACCCCUCUCUCAUCCCUAUCAACCGAGAUGGCAUGGCCCGCUGCGAGAAAUGCGGUGCCAUCGGCGUCCGUCACGCCUUCUACACCCGUGAGCGGCGCUACUGCAGUCUGCGCUGUGCCCGCUCCGUGGAGGGCCUGGCCGCGGUCUCCGACAGCGACCCUGCCACGCCCGAGGCGGCGCCGCCCGAGUCUCCGGCCUCCGCUGACUCGACCUGCUCCCUGGACGGCGACUCUGCGGCGUCGGCCGGCGCCGUGGUGCCCCGCCAGGCGCCGCACUCGUUCAGCUGGGACGCGCUGAUGCGUGUGGCCGAUUUCAGCGCGGCGCCGGUGCCCUGCUUCCCCCACGCGCCGCUGGCCGGAAUCUGGGACGACGUCUGUGUCGGUCUCAAGGUGGAGAUCGCCGGAGACGCGUCCUCGCCAAACGUCGAGUCGGCCUGCUGGGUGGGGACCGUCCUCCGUGUGGAGGGUUACCGCGGCCUGGUGCGCUACGAGGGGGUCGCCCCGGAGGAGAGCUCGGGUCGGUGGAUGGACCUGUGCUCGGACCAAGUGCACCCGGUGGGCUGGUGUGCCACCCAGGGACGGCCGCUGAUCCCGCCGGCAGUGGUGGAGAGCCGCCACUCGGACUGGACGCAGCUGCUGGUCAAACGGCUCACCGGCGCCCGCACCCUGCCGGCCAACUUCCACCACAAGGUGCUUCGCAGCCUGUCGGGCGCUCUCCGCGAGGAUCAGGUGGUGGAGGUGGUCGACAAGAACUGUAUCAGCCAGGUGCGGGCGGCAGCCAUCACCCAGGUCAUCGGACGGCGACUGCACAUCCGAUACCUGGACGCGCCGGAGGAUGACGGGGGGUUCUGGUGUCACGAGCAUUCGCCACUGGUCCACCCCGUGGGCUGGGCCAUCUCUGUGGGCCACCGCCUGUCGGCACCUGCCGACUACCUGGAGCGGUGUCAGACGGGACAGUUUCAGCCGACCGAUGUCACCGAAAACUGGCAGCCGCCGCUGCCGGCCGCUCAGGAGGGUUUCGCGGUCGGUAUGCGUCUGGAGGCGCUGGACCCCCUCAACGUCAGCUCGAUCGGCGUGGCCACCGUCCAGCGGGUUCUCGGAGGCGGCUACCUCAUGGUCCGACUGGAAACGAUGCCGGUCGAACCCAACGAGCCGGGCCGGGACUGGUUCUGCUACCACGCCUCAUCACCCUACAUCUUCCCGGCGAGGUUCUGCGAGACGGUAGGCAUCCCUCUGACUCCUCCUCAUGGGUACGCGGACGGUGUGUUCUCGUGGGAUACCUACCUGGCUGCGGAGGGCGCCACCGCCGCGCCGGCUCAUCUCUUCCAGCGGCCGCCUCUGGCGCACGGCUUCCAGCCGGGUCAGCGACUGGAAGCAGUAGAUCUGAUGGAUCCGCAGCUGGUAUGUGUGGCUACAGUAGCGGCAGUGGUGGGCCGACUGCUGAGGCUGCACUUCACCGGCUGGCAGGAGCAGUUUGAUCAGUGGGUGGACGCGGCCAGUCCCGAUAUAUUCCCGGUCGGAUGGUGCCGAAUGGUUGGAUACAAACUCGAGGCGCCCAGAGCUGGAGAGAAGGCUGCGGCGGGGAAGCGGGCCGGCCGCCGCCGCGUCGGACGGCGAGUGGUGAGCAGGAGGGCGCGGCCGGCCGGCAGACCACCGCGCCAGGUCCCGGGAGGAGACACCAGUGACGACUCUGUGGCGGCGGCGCCAGCGGCAACAGCGCCCGCAGUCCCUGAUCUCCCCGCUGAGGCGGUGGAGGCCGCCAACACCGUCACAGAAGACACGGGCGGGGACGGCGCGGACGACAACAUCCCACCACCGGAGACACCGCCUCCGAGUUCUGCUGAGAAGCUGAUCCCUCGCCUGCUCGACUCGCCAGGCGGGGCGGCGCCAGCUCCCGGCGAGCUCAACCCGGAGGCGUGGUCUGUGGCCGACGUGGGUCAGUUCCUGCGAGUCAACGAGUGCACGGCUUACUGUGACAACUUUGAGCGUGCAGGAGUGGACGGGCCACGACUGCUGGAGCUUACCAAACAUGAAGUACUCGAGCUCGCCUGCUGGAAGGUUGGACCCAGUCUGAAGAUCGAGAACCUCGUGCAAAAGCUGCGCGCUCGCGUGGCGCCCGCCCAAGCGCGCUUCAUGGCAAGCUUCAAGAAAGUAUGAUGCUCCGUCCUGGCUGGGGGCUGGCGUGCGGUUGGAACGCACGCGGCCGGCCCUCGGCAGAAUAUCGUGUUCUGUGUCGCACAGAUGACAGACUGCCGCUGCCACUGUGACUGUAUGGGUGUGUGUGAGGUGUGCCGAGGAGGGGCGGCGCCCGAGCCAGGGAUCGCGGCCAGGUCCCUGAGUUGAGCUGUGAACGGACGAGCGCCCGUGGCGCCACAGAGGCAGGUAUUUUUGCGCGCGCCGCACGUGCGCGUGUGUGUUGGGACGGACACCAGGUGUGAUGCCACAUCAGUGGGCGCGACAGUGUGUACCAGACGUGUGACGUCUGGGAGGGAGAGCGGACAUCAUGGUAUGGGCGCUGGACUUUGCGACGAGACGGCGCCGGCGGCGGCGGCGGGCUCUCACAGUCAACACGGUGGUUCGGUGACACGCUAAGGCACGAGUGUUCGGAAAGCUACGCUAUGAAGUGAUACUUGCAGCUGUUUGAAAAUGUCAGACCAUGAAUCGUCAGACAUUUUCCCGUUAAAAACGUUACGAUGCUGCUUGGGAACUAUUGAUUCUGUUGAAUCGAUUCCUACCGUCGCUUUCCCCGCCCGAACUCGACAUAAACCUUCCGUUUUCAAUCAUCCAGCCCGCCGCCACCCCCGCGUUCGUCUCCUCUGCGCAAAGCCGCGGUCAGCAUUUACUUUUAGCGCGCGACCUCUGGCGCGCAUUUAGUAUCGUGUCUAUCUGAUUUUGUCUCGCUGUGGGUACCGGCGGCUCCACCGCGGCCCCAGCCGUACGGUAGAGCGGCGCCGACCCCGCAGGGGCGUUUGUGAACACUUUUGUAUGUACGCUUUGUCUCAUUUGGCCGGCACGGUGCUGGCGUCACGUUGUCGCCUCAUUUCUCUUAGAUAAAGCCAUACUUUGUGCGUUGGCCGCACUGUACAAAUAUACUACUACAAUGU